AUGGAAGCCUCCGAGAAGACCCUAAUCUACCGGGAAGACGCUGAUCCCGUGAGGAAGUUGAUGACCAACUCCUAUUUAAACACGAGCACGAGGCCCGAGGAAGGCGAAUAUGUGGACUUAAACGAUUUGUUGGAUGUUAAGGCGGGCGACAUGAAAACAGUCAAAGUAACUUUUACGGGAGAAGGGGGCCAGUUGGCCAUUUGUAAAAGCAGCUCCGCUUCGAACGGUUCGCCUUCGAUGAACAGCGCGCCCGGGGAGGUCGAAGACUCCGGUAAAUCACCCGACCCUGCCACCAUUGACAGCAAAUCUAUUAAUCACCAAAGCUCGGGGGACGUCAGAGCGGAAAGCGCCGCGUCAGGCUCGUUUGAAACAGCCUCCUCCGAAGCUCCCGACGCCACUGACAACUUCAUGGACUGCCUGGAGUCACCCGCCGCCAUCCCGGACCCUGCUGCCGUGCCUCGGCCCCACAGCGCGCCUCCCAACACCGACACCGACCCCACGUGCACGGACAAAGAACUACAAUACACCGACAUGAAUCUGGGCAACAAAAGCGACUCCGAGGACGACGUUACGGUGGUGAUGUCUGGCGACUGCACACCCAAUAUCGCCGAGGAUGAGUUCCAUUACAUUACGACCCACGAGAUCCAGCUCUCCGAGUUGGACCAUGACGUGGACUACGAGUUUGAGACGGGAUCCAGCUGGGAGAUCGCGGACGACCACCAAGUUUACUCGUUUGUGGAUUAUGCCUCUUUUGACAGUGAUGAAACGGCGGGGGAGGUCGGGGCUCUAGCGCGACUGAAAGGCAAUCAGGCAGCGGGCGCAAAUACGACUCUCGCAGCCGUCAGCAGUCUGCCUGAAAGCGAUCCGAGUGAGCUGGACAAAUGCGCCAUCUCAGAUGCGCACCAACACGAAGCCAGCAGCGCCGCAGCAGGGCAGAUCCACCUGUCAAUCAAAGCCACUUCCCGCGCUAUAAAUGAGCCUAGCAACGGCCAAGAAAAGGACAACAUUCUCUAUCAUGCCGCGCAUACCGGAGACAUGAGUUUUUUCAGGAGCGCGGACGCGAACUCAGAUAAACUGGCUGAAAGCGCGAAAUGUUACAUCGCCCUCCCGGGGCGCAUGCACUUCGGUAGGAGGCUGAAAGGCAAAGAUGCUCGCUCCUACUCCAGCGGCGCGUCCAGUGCGGUCAGCGAGCUGGACGACGCGGAUAAGGAAGUGCGUAACCUGACUGCCCGCGCGUUUAAGAGCCUGGCGUACCCCUAUUUUGACACCAUCAACUUCAGCACCUCCAGCGAGUCCUCGCUCUCAGAGAGCAUCAACAGGUGGUCCACGUUUGUUGACCUGAAGUAUGGCAACGUGAACGUGACAAAGGGGCGCCACCCCAACCUGACGUCCCACCCAAGCACAUCCAACUUUAAACUGGGCCCGCGCAGGAACAGUACGGGCAUGGCGGGGAUGACGCUCGCCAGCAUGAGAGCGCCCCCGGUCGAGGUGUUCGCGCUGAACGGCAACCUCGUUGACCCCAAAAACGCCGCAUCUGCCCGCAAAAAAAUAGAACUGAUGCAGAAACUCGGGCAGGCCAAAGGCGGCGUGAUCACGCUCACGGAAACGCUGAAUUUUCACUGCAACGUGCAGUCGGAGAUGUCGGGAAGUGAAAGGCGCGCGAAAUUUGCGCAAAAUGCAGGCGGAUCACGUUCCACAGAUGAAGUUACCGACACCUUGCCACGCGGGCAGGGGAGCGCGGGCAGCCAGCAGCCCAGCAAUGCGGGGGAAACCAUGGAAGGCACACACAAGAAAGCAAUAUUCGCUUCGAGCCUUCUCAAAAAUGUCAUUUCUAAGAAAAUGCAAUUUGAGCAGGAGCGCAAGAUGGAGAGGGGGGAGAUCCGAGAACAGUUCCGGGGCGCCUCGCCCUGUUUCUCGUGCUAUGAGAACGAAAACCCGAAGGAAAAACCUCCCCGGGGCUUGCAGAGACAGGGCUCGAGAUACUCCGAGGGCGAUUCGGACUAUACCAUCGUUUGUUUAGAUGACCUGGGGGACAUAGUGGACAGCAGCUCGUGCGAUGCCAAGGACGACAACCGCACAGAUGCCACCUUGACUCGUGCAUCAGAAACGAAUUUAGAAUCGACAAAUGAAGCAGGAAUCGAUACUAAAAAAGGAGCAUUCGAAGCGUCCAAAAGCACGCUGCUUCGAAGCCAAAAUAGCGCAUUCAGAUCCUGGAGGGACGGCGAGCUAGAGUUUCAAAAGGAACAUAAAAACGAUAAACCGCCGGAGGGGAACCUGCCACCGCCUAACGACAACUCGGGAGAAACGGACGUGGACGGGGAUUCGGGCAAGAGCAAGCUCACUAAAAUGUCGCAUUUGUUUCUGCCGAGUAUCCAAGUGGUGUCGAAUGAGGGUGAACUUUGUAAAGGACUGCCGAAUGUGAAUUAUUCGCUGGGAGAGGGCGGAGGGCUGGGAGUUCGCGCCUCCGACAAUACCCUCCUUGUCCCAGACAACGCGCGGAGAGUGGUCACGUCGAAGUCACCCGAAAUCAAGAUAAGUUUACGGAGUGUGAAAGACAGCAGAAGCGACCCGUUCAACAUCGCCAAGCUGCUCGCGCCCAAUAUAGGCUGCAACGCAGUCAACCUUAUCAAGACAUCUGACGACUCCAAAUGCCAAGCGCUCGCCGCGGCGCUCAAGGGUGAGUCGUCCGACAAAGUGCCUCACUUCACGGUCAGAGACAUUAGAGACAACAAGGCUAAGCUGCAGACGCCUAUCCACCAGGUUAGGGACGUGCGCAAAUUGGUGAAAAGCUCAUAUCACUUUGUUUCUUUGGAUAAUAACGAGAGCAAGCCUCCCGUCACGGGUCUUGACCUGAACGCAGAGCAGAAGGUAUUCAAACAGAGUCCGUAUCGCAAUCCAGCAUCCCUUUCCCCCAUAGUGAUAAAAUGUCAGUCAGUGAAUACAAAUAGCAGCGUUAGGCAAUCUGGAAAUUUAAUCGAGGUUUCUAAACGUAGACUUGGAGAAGAGCGACAGGACUUAGACAGGUCCUCCCCUCAGCUACCGCCAGAGGGCGCCAGAAACGGCACGCCGCUCGUGCAGAGACCCACGAGCAGAGCGUACUCCAUCAACGCCAAAGCAGCAGCGCGCGGCGAGCCGGACGCGACCGAACGCGGCCUGAACGUCGAGAGCAGGAGCGGCGCGAGGAGAGCGGCGGCGGUGGAGAAGUCCGGCGAGGGCGGCGAGAAGAAGCCGGAGAGCAAGAUGGCCAACCAGGCGGCUCUGGAGAAGCUGCAGGCGGCGGUCAAGACCAUGGAGCAGCUGUACGUCUUCGACCGCAACGAGUGGAAGAGGCGGGCCGAGCCGCUGGCGCAGCCAAUCACAGACAGCCACGUGCUGUCGCUCAUCGCCAGCGAGGAGCAGGGCGGCGGCGGAGCAGCAGCGGAGGAUGCUGGGAGCGCCGCCCUGCUGGCUGCCAUGGCGACGGAGGCGCGGAGGGACUCGUACCCCGCCGUGGACAAGAGCCCCGCGGGCACCUCCUCCGCAUUCUCCCCCUUCAGCGCGCCCGAGCGCAACGGGCACAAGACGCCCACCUUGCCUGGCACGGCGGCGGGCAGCAGCAGCAAGGGGGUCGGCGCCGCUCUGGGUGGCGGCGGGGGUCAGAGGCCGUUGCCCACGGUGACGUGCAGCGCGGUGCGUGCCCCUCAGGCCUCCUACACGCCCAAGGGCUUCGUGCCCAUCUCGCCCAAGCUGCCCGUCUCGCUCAAGAUCUCGCGGGCGCGCCGGGUGUCCGAGGAGCGCGAGCGUCCGAGCGGCGAGAGCGACCGCGACCGUGACCGCUCCCUGGGGGCCGUCCAGAGCUCCUCCGCGGCCGCCGAGUCCGAGAACUACCUGACCAUCCCCGUCAAGCCGCAGGCCAGGCCGGGCAUCGCCGUCGCCGCCGGCAACAGCAUCAGCACCAGCGGCGGCGGCGGCGGGCGAGAGAAGUCCGUCUACACGUUCACCUCGUCGUCCGCUGCCAAGGCCCAGCGGCACGCGCCCAGCCCCCCCGCCCACCUCCACCUCACGCACGGGGCGUCGUCACGGCGACACGGGGGCCAGUCGUCGGGGCGCCAGUCUCCAGGGCGCCAACGCACCGGCGCCGUCGUCAUGGAGACGCGCUCGCCGGACACGCCCCCCACCGCCACCAUCUACCACCACUCCGUCCCCAUGGCGACGGCCCAGCCGCACCUCAUCUGCUUCUCCCCGUCCGUCCAGCACGCCAUGCCAACCAUGCCCGCCUCUAUGCCCGGCGCCAUGGAGCGCAAGAUGCUGCUGGACCCCACCACGGGCAGCUACUACCUGGUGGACACCCCCGUGCCCCCCCCCACCACGCGCCGGCUCUUCGACCCCGAGACGGGGCAGUACGUGGACGUUCCGUUGCCCUCCGCCCCCCCGCCGCAGCAGGCCAUGACCCCCGUGCCCUUGCCCAUGUCGCCGCUGGCGCUCAGCCCUGGCGCAGCCUACGGGCACACGCUGCCCUACGUGUUCUACCCCGGCUUCAUGCCCUCGCCCACGCUCAUCUCCGCGCGCAUGCCCUCCCAGAUGGCGGUGGUGGGGGGCGAUGUGGGGGGGGGCGAGCGGGAGAAGUCGGGCGUGGGGGGGCAGCAGGGGGGUGGGGAGGGCGUCUACAUGGAGAGCCCCUACUACGUGCCCACGGGGGUGAGGUCAGCACCCCCCUCCCCCCCAUAUUUGGCCAAUCCGGUGUGA